AAUGAAACAGGCACACGUUCAGUGAUUCCUGUGCAGAACAGACGCUCAGAUUUAAUAAUGGCUGUUGUGGAGGCACUUCUGCAGUUUUCCAGCAGUGGUACAUUACUGGCUGCCUUGAUUGUGUUUUUGGUUUUAUAUGUGCUUUCAUCCAACUCCAAAUCUCAAAAAGAAGGAAAAGAUCCACCAGGACCCAAACCACUUCCAGUGUUGGGAAACCUGCUGACGCUGGACCUGGAAAGACCCUUUGAUACUCUCUGUGAGCUUUCCAAAACAUAUGGAAAUGUAUUCCAAGUGUUUUUGGGUCCCAGUAAAGUUGUGGUCUUGACCGGAUAUAAAACGGUUAAAGAGGCGCUCGUGAACCGAGCAGAAGAGUUUGGAGAUCGAUAUAUUCAACCUAGUUUCCAACUACUUGGUAAAAAAAAUCAUGGGAUCCUCUCUGCCAAUGGGGAGAGCUGGAAAGAGAUGAGACGUUUCGCUCUGACUAACCUGCGUGACUUUGGGAUGGGCAAGAGAGGAUGUGAAGACAAAAUCAUAGAGGAAAUUCAGUAUCUGAAAAAAGAGUUUAAGAAAUUUCAAGGGAAAGCCUUCGAUACAACUCGACCUGUGAACUACGCUGUAUCAAACAUCAUCUCAUCUAUCGUGUAUGGCAGCAGAUUUGAAUACACAGAUCCUCGCUUCACAGCAAUGGUUGACAGGGCAAAUGAAAACGUUAGGCUUAGUGGAUCUGUUUCUAUGCGGCUGUAUAACAUAUUUCCAUGGCUGGGUCCGUUCAUGAACAUCAAAAAGGUCAUCAUAACAAAUGCUCUAAAAAACAGAGAGUCAAUAACACAGUUGAUAUCUGAGCUGUUAGAGACCCUGAAUCCACAGGACAGCAGAGGAUUUGUUGACUCCUUUCUCAUCCGAAAACAGAGCGAUGAGAAAUCCAACAAGAAGGACUCACAUUUCCAUCAUGAAAAUCUUCUCAGGUCUGUGGUAAAUCUUUUCGUUGCUGGUACUGACACUACAGGAACAACAUUGCGCUGGGGUCUGAUGAUUAUGGCCAAAUACCCUCAUAUCCAAGAUCGAGUUCAAGAGGAGAUUGACAGAGUGAUCGGUGGACGUCAGCCAAUGGUGGACGACAGAAAGAAUUUACCUUACACUGAUGCCGUGAUCCAUGAAGUACAGAGACUGGCCAACAUAGUGCCCAUGAAUCUACCACAUAUGACAAGCUGUGAUGUGAACUUCAAUGGAUAUUUCAUCAAGAAGGGUACCACUGUAAUUCCUCUGUUGACGUCUGUAUUAAGGGAUGAAAGUGUUUGGGAGAAACCACACAGCUUUUAUCCAGAACACUUUCUUGAUGAGAAGGGCCAGUUUGUUAAGAAAGACGCUUUCAUGCCCUUUUCUGCAGGCCGCAGGAUUUGUCUAGGAGAGAGUUUGGCCAGGAUGGAGCUCUUUCUGUUCUUCACCUCCCUUCUUCAGAUCUUCCGCUUCUCUCCUCCACCCGGAGUGUCUGGAGAUGAACUGGAUCUCAAGGGAAUCGUUGGAAUCACAUUGAAUCCAUCACCACACAAACUGUGUGCUGUCCAGCGCUCCUGAAUAUUGAUCCACAUAGGGAUCAGAUUUAAGCACCAAUUAUACAAAAUGCACAUCAUGUAAAUAUAUAUUGUAAAUACUGAAAGAAAGUAUUAGCCACAGUGUGCAAAGCUACUUUUAUUGUAUAAGCUACAUUUAAGUAUGCACCAGACUACUUUAUAUUUGCUCAGACAUUUUGCUGAAAAGCAAUUGAAUAGGAAACUGAAUUUAUUUCCUGCAGUAAUCUACACCUCAGCCAAUGAAUAGACUGACUGUAGAAUCUCUAUACUAAUGCCGCAUUCUAGGCAACCUGUAACCCCGUAAAUUAUGACUUCAAAGCCACGACUCACGACUCUGAACUGGGAGUACAUCGAUCUAGUACAGUAUUCUUCAACCCUGGUCCUCGAGGAGCCCUUCCAGAAUGUUUUAGAUGUCUCCUUAAUUAACACACCUGAUUUUACUCAUUAGCUUGUUAGGGAGACAUUCAGGAAGGAGGCUGAUGAGUUGGUUCAGGUGUUUUAAAUAAGGAGACAUCUACAACUUUCUGGAAGGGGGUUCUCGAGGACCAGAACACUGAUCUAGUACGAGUUCACGGGUGAGAAGUCACAGAUUUGACUGCCGCUCCAUUGCACUUUCACAGGUAGAAGGUUGGAAAAACACGGGUUACAGGUUGCCUGGAAUGUGUCCUCCCAGUUCAGAGUUGUGUGGCAUGGUUUUGAUUUACGGGCUCAAAAACCUGCCUGGAAUGCAGCAUAAUAUUGUACUAGAAUGCAUACAAGGUUUGUGUACUAGCAAGUGUAUCUAAAUGUACUUUAAGUCCGGAGUAUUAGACCUAUUGCGAAUAGACGUCACAGUUACGUCACUGCAAGCUGUGUGUGCAAUGUCGUCGCAGAAAAACAGUAAUAAUUUUAACAAGCUAGACGUUGAGUACAACCCAAAUGCAGAAAUUUAUUAAAAACAACCAGGCAAACAAGACAAAAGGAUAAUCAAAACAGUAAUCCAAUAAACAGGCAAAAAGGUCAUUACAUGAAACAUGAAAAUGGAAGCAAUGGCAAUAGCUCUUAACGUUCGGUACCCAAAUAAACUGACAAUACUUUGCAACAUGAAUGAGAAAUGGCAUGGUUUAAAUAUACACAGAAAAGGAAGUGAAUGUAGUUAGAGUGUGUGUCCAUGGUCCAGUUGGGGAGAGGGUUCCAUGUGGUGGUGGAAUGAAUGGACUUCUAUUCAGUAUAAAAAUGAAUUAAUUAUACAAGUGAAAUGGGCAAGAUUACCCACUAGCAAAUGUCUUGUUGUGCUGUUGGGUGUCAGAAUAGAAAUACCAAAAAUAGUAUCUAUAGUUGCAAGCCCUUAAUCGGCGAUACAUAAUUCUAUUAAUAAUUAGAAUAGAAAAUACUUAAAGAAGGUGUCCGGUGUUCUGUUGAAGUCUGUUCCCUCUGUGUUUCUUAUAGUGUUCACGUUAUGCUUAUCACUUCCUUUUUGUCCCUACUGUUAUUUUCUAACAUACUUAAUAAGUAUAUAACACACACACACACACACACACACACACACACACACACAUUCUGGUCUCCAUAUUUUGUGGGGACAUUCCAUAGAUGUAAUGCAUUUUAUACUGUACAAACUGUAUAUUCUAUUCCCUUCACCUAACCCAAACCAAUGAUGUGAAGUGUUAUAUAAACAGGCCUAUGUAUAGUAAUGUGUAUGUAAACAUAAUAGUUUUAUAACAGUUUUCGAACAAACACGGAAAACAGGACAAUUCUCAUAUAUUUCAUAAAUGGCAUUAUAUAGAAUAAAUGAUUGUAUUGCUUUUUAUAUGUACUUUAGUGAUUUAUAUUGUUAAAAUAAUUGAAUUACCAAUUAAGUAUUUUGUUGAAUUGUAUAAGGGAAUGAACUGUAUUCAUUUAUUUGAUUAAUAGCUAAAACAAAACAUCAUAAGGGGCAGUGCCCCCUGUCCCCCAAACUCUGCAUAUGGAUCUCACUCAUAGAACUUAACACAACACAUACAAGUAGAGAUCCACAUAGACCAUUAGUUUCCAUUACAACCAACCAAAUUCUUAUUGGAACCAUUACAUUUAUUUGAUGGUUUAUGUUGUUUAUAUCAGCUGAAAUAUUUGCUUUUAAUUACGCAUUUUUUCUUGUCUUGUUAAAGGUUAUCAAACUGAACCGAGUCUAGUGUAGUGUAGUCUAGUCGUGUCCUGUCGAGCCUUGCUAUUCUUUAUUUUACCUGCCCUGUUUGGUCCUAGAUCUAUUGCCUUGGCUUCUCCUGUGCCCCCCUCCGCCCCAGACAUCCCUCUCCUUGACCCUUCAUGCCCUCUUUCCUGCUCGCCCUGCUGCUUCCCUUGGUAUGGUGACUGUGGAGGCUCUUUUUCCCCAUUACUCCAGCCCUAGUCAUUCUACUUAUGCCUCCUGAAUAAAUCCAUUUUCAGUAAUGGUUGCCAAUCUUGUAGUGGGAUUUUAUGCCCUCAGCUCCCUUUAAACUGGUUCCAUGGUAGAAGAAUGUCCAAAAGUUUACAUAAACAUUUUUAAAUGUAUGGCAUUGAUUUCCUCACCAUCACUGAAAAUCUAGUUGUGAUAGUUGCUUAUGAGUCUCUUAAAUGUAUCUCAAUAUCAUACAGUCACUGGUGAACAGGGUAGAAAUAUGCAGAAAAGGUUGAAAAGCAAAGAUUCUGCAAGACCUCUAGGAUUUGUCAUACUUGCGUAGAGAUCUUUGAGUCAGAACACAAGCAUGUUUAAUGAAUGGUCAACAUUCAACAUUGUUUUGUCUGACUCUAGCAGAAAUCGUGAGUAAUUGGUUCAUGUAUAAACCACUGGACUGGAUGGGAUGACACACACAGAUUAACAGACAGGUCAUCCAGUUUUUAUAUCCUAAACCCUUUGAUCGAAUGUAGCAUCUCUCCGACAAAUAUUGCAUAAUCAGGUGUAAAAGAGGUAAGAAGUCAGUACAGCUUAAAUUGUGACAGAGGUAACACAUGACCUGUGUGAGAAACUUCACAUUAACCCGUGAGUUUUUUUCCAGAAAGUUCUUAUUGUCAGAGGUCAAUCCAUGAAACCCAUAGAAGCGUACGUAAGAAAUGGCAUUUGGCGCACAGGUAGACGACAGUCCAAAAUGUUACCAGACCAAAUUCAGGACAAAUGUGAGAUCUGUCAGUGUUCAAGUGCACACAUUUACAUGGAUUGACUAGUUUAGAAAAUAUCAUAUUAUCUACGAAUCAAGUAU